CAUAAACUCCAGAGAGAGCAGAGAUAUACUAGCACUACGGUCAUCACUUUUUUUUUCUCUCUCUCUGAUUGGAUGAAACGCAAUCUAUUAUUAUGAAUUUGCCGCAGCCCUCCAGCAAAAAGGGCUAGUCUAGCAGGCUUACAGUGUAAAAUCUACAUCUGGGCUGAAAAUGAAUUGUACAAGAGUUCUCCAUGCCUUUGGUAGUCACCCCCAGCCCGCUGUGAUGCCAGUUGACCUCGCCAUGUGUCUGAGCCUCAGUCAGCGCCAGCCUCUUUAUCAACUGCUGUCCAUGUCUCCUCUGCAACCCACACAGCGUCAUUGUCAGCCAACUGACUGUCUGCCGAGGGCGAGCCUUCACUCUCCAUAUCCCUCCUCAACUUUGUCCUCAUCGCUGCGCUGCUCCCCCGUGCCCUCAGAACCUCGGAGCUGUUUCCGCAGGGACAGCGGCAGUCUGAACAAAAAGCGCGUGGUGUUUGCAGACACAAAGGGAUUGGCGCUCACUGCCGUGCGCCUGUUUGUGCCUGAGCCCUCUCCUACCACUUCUACUCUGGUUCUCAAACCCUCGCCGGCCAAACUGCAAGGCCAGCAGUCAACCUCAGACAAACUGCAGCGCUACAAGUUGCGGCUGGGUUUCCCUCAGCCGACACUGGACUUUAAAACCUUCCUUGCACGUCUGAGAGAGUUGCAUGUACAGCUGGAAAGCUGUAACAUUUCAGAACACUCCCUGAGUGGGAAAGUGCGUGUCUCCCAUGUCAGUACUGAGAGAGCUGUGCAUAUAAGGGUGACCUUUGACUCUUGGCGGAGCCAUCAUGACAUUCCUUGCACGUUCUUGCAGCAGCAGCACUGUGGGGGCUCUGAUAUGGGUGUUUUUGCCUUUGAUUUCAGCUUACCCCAGAAAAUAGAUCCAAAGGAGAGAAUCGAGUUUUGUGUGUCCUUCAGGCCAGGACCUGGUGCAAUGCCACACUGGGACAACAACAGAGGGCAGAAUUACAGGGUGUGCAUGGGAAAAGAUGCAUCAAAUGCUUACCAAGGUGGAGCUAACCAUUGUUACCCCACACUAUCAACACAUCGGCCACCAUCGUGGCCUUCACACGUAUCCCUCAGUAUGCAGAACUCUGCUGAUUUGCAGUGUCUUGAGAGGAGUUUAUUAAGCAGAUUCAGAGCAGAGUGUAAAACUCUGUGUUUAACUAAGUAGACCAGUGAAAUUAGCCAAUAUGUUCUCAACAGAUGUAUGAGGAUAAAUAAUGCGAAUAUAUUAAUUAACAAAUAUUUCAAAGAGAGUGACAGCUUUUAGGGAUGUAUGAACUUUCUCAGAUCUCAGUGUUAAAUGGUCUAAAGCCUACUGUUUAAAAAAGAAUUCACCCAACUGAGCUGAACUACCCUGCUGAAAUGUG